UCCUAGAUUGAGGCAAUACAAUGUACAGCACGUUUCCUUGCCUCUAUCCGUCUCACUGCAUCUCCAGGAUUUUCUGCUGGCAGCGGGGUCAGAGAGCUGGUGUAGAGGAGGGCUGCAUGCACUAUGCACACAAGCCGGGUACAGUGAGCACAUCACUAGCACAGAGCAUGCCGCACUAGCAGGUCAGCUAUACAGCACACAAGGCAGGCAGGUUACACUAAAGUCGUGUCCAGGAUUUGAUCCCUGCAGCAUUCUACAUACAGAGCUGUCAGUCUGCCGCACACUGCUCACUUCGCAUCUGUCCACAGGAGGAAACACAAAUCAAAUUCUGCUACUACUGCUGUUCCAUGAAAAGUUUUAUGUGUGGGGAGAACUGCACCAGGGCUCUGAACCUCCCUCAACUAAAACGAAGGGGUAAAACUAUCGUUAUAGUGUCUUGGAUGACAUUUAUGCGUUAUUGCAUUGGAAAUUAGAAUCGUGGAACUAUUUUUAUAUUAUUAAUAUUGCUAUCUUCCUGGCGAGAUAAAAGGUCAUCAUUUGAGAAUAUCACGUUGGAUUUGCACCAUGUUUUGGAUCUGGGGAGCUGCACUGUUCUCACUUUGCGCCAUGUCUGAUGUAAAACCUCGCAGCUGCAUUGAGGUCAGACAAGCGUACAGUGCAAAAGGAUUCAGCCUGGUCAGUGUUCCCUACCAAAAGAUAGCAGGGGAACAUCUACGAGUCUGUCCUCAGGAAUUUACAUGUUGUACAACUGAAAUGGAAGACAAACUCAGUCAAAAAAGUAAAUUGGAGUUUGAAAAUCUAGUGCAAGAAACAAGUCAUUUUGUACGCACUACAUUUGUGCUGUGGCAUAGAAAGUUUGAUGAAUUCUUCAGAUCACUCCUGGAGAAUGCAGAAAAAUCUCUAAAUGAAAUAUUUGUAAGGACAUAUGGCUUGCUCUACACACAGAAUUCAGAGGUAUUCCAGGACUUAUUUACUGAGCUGAAACUUUACUACACAGGAGGAAAUGUCAACCUGGAAGAAAUGCUGAAUGAUUUUUGGGCCCGUCUUUUAGAACGCAUGUUUCAAUUGAUAAAUCCUCAGUAUCAUUUCUCUGAAGACUAUCUUGAGUGUGUCAGCAAGUACAUUGACCAGCUAAAACCAUUCGGGGAGGUACCAAGAAAAUUGAAAGCACAAGUUACAAAAGCGUUUGUUGCAGCUCGAACUUUUGUCCAAGGUCUUACAGUAGGCCGUGAAGUUGCCAACAGAGUGUCUAAGCUCAGCCCAAAUUCAGGAUGCAUACAAGCCCUCUUGAAGAUGCUGUACUGCCCCUACUGUCGGGGAUUGCCCACUCUGAAACCUUGCAACAAUUACUGCCUCAAUGUGAUGAAAGGCUGCUUGGCUAAUCAGGCUGAUUUGGAUAUUGAAUGGAAUCUCUUUAUUGAUGCUAUGCUUCUAGUCGCUGACAGAUUGGAGGGCCCAUUCAAUAUUAAGUCAGUUAUGGAUCCUAUCGAUAUGAAGAUUUCUGAAGCCAUCAUGAACCUGCAGGAAAACAGUGGGCAGGUGUCUGGGAAGGUAUUUCUUGGAUGUGGUCAGCCGAAAUCACUUCAUUCAUCAAGGACUUUGAGAUCAUUUUCAGGAAGACAUAAUACGCAUUUCAAGCCUUACAGCUUACAUGAGCGACCCACAACGGCUGCUGAUACAAGCAUGGAUAGACUGAGGACAAUAUGGAGGACUAUGCAGUACGGUGUAACAGAAAUCAAAGACAGAUUGAAGAUUUCCAAGAAAAUGUGGUCGACUCUACCACAUUCUGUCUGUAAAGAUGAGAGAAUGACAGGUGGCGAAUCCAAUCAGGAGCAAUGCUGGAAUGGGCACAGCAAAGCACGGUAUCUUCCUGAAGUAAUGACGGAUGGAUUGAUAAACCAGAUAAGUAAUCCAGAGGUGGAUGUGGACAUCACAAGGCCAGACACAUUUGUUAGACAACAAAUAAUGGCACUCCGAGUGGUGACAAACAAACUGCGGAACGCUCUCAAUGGAAAUGAUGUUAAUUUUCAAGAUACAAGUGAAGAAACAAGUGGUUCUGGGAGUGGGAGUGGCUGCACUGAUGACAUCUGCCCAACAGAGUAUGACUACAUCACCACAGAAGCUCAACCAUUUGAACCAGACAGGCGGGAAUUGGAGUAUUCUGGAGCUUCACCUCUUAGGCAAUCACUUCUCAUAUUAGUCACACCUACUGUCCUAGUUUUGGAGAGACAAUGGAGAUAAUCUUGAAAGACCUCAAAGAAAAAAAAGACUGGUUUAGUUAUGAAAAUAGUUAAUUUUUUUCUUUUAUUACACUUUGGAACAAUGGACCAUUUCCCCUCGAAAUACUGACAAUUUUCUACGUACACAAUAUUUUUCAUUUCUUUACAACAGAAGAAAUCUCAGUUGAAAUAUCAGUCCUGAAAGAACCACCUUCAUUUCCCUUAAAUGUAUGUCUAUUCGCAUAUCUCAGAAGUCAUCAUGGUAGGCCAUACAGCCCUAGUGGAUAUCUGAAAAUCUGAGGUUUUGGUUAAAUUAUGUCUGUUUGAAGUGGACCUGUACAUACACACAUUUAAUUACAUUAUUUAUUUAUUUAUUUAUUUAUUUAUUUACUACUUUUUUUUUACAAAAGCAAAACUGCAUUUUUUUUAAUUCAUAUCUCCAGUAAAUAUUUGGGUUAUUUUAAAUAUACUGCUAUUAACUUUCUGAUUCCUUCUGGCGGAAAAAUAUGCAUAUAUUAAAGUUGUUUCUAACCUACCUACUUGUGAAUUGGAGAUUUCAAAUGGCAUGUUAAAAUCAAGUUUGAGUGUCACCUAAAUUACCUGAGGAACAUGAAGCUGAUUAAUGAUCCUGUAAAGGCUGAGGAAAGGGGUAAUGUGACAGUGGUUGCCAUGGUAAUCACAUAACACUGUGAACACUUUAAACCGUUCAUAACAGCUUGAAUUACAGCUCAGAUUAAGAAAAACUAACAAAACAGUCUCACAGCUAACCCAAUUGAUUUCUAAGUAAAAAAAAUACAUAACCUGCUAGGAUACAGAUAAAUAAUUCUAGCGGAUUAUGGGGAGAGAUGUGGCAAUCCUUGGAAAAGUUGCCCAUAGAAACCAAUCAGCUUUUAGCUGUGAUUGUAUAGAAUCAGUGUUGGACUGGGUCAUGAAGGACCCACCGGGAGGAUGCUGUUGUAGGGGCCCAUGCUUAAGGGUGUGGCCACACUCCAGUUGGGCAUGGCCAGCCACCACAGAGGUUUGUCUAACCAUUACAGAGUACAUGUUAUGUGCCCCUUGGUAAAUAUAUAAUAAACAAUAUUAUUGUGAAGUAUAAUGUAACACAUGUAUAAUGCAUAAUUGAAGUGCACUAGAAUCCUGAUUCCUAGAAGAGGAGGAGGGCCCACAGGCAGUAUGGCCCACCGGUGGUUUCCCCUGUGGGCCAGUCCGGCCCUGUAUAGAAUGUAUUUGAUAAAUAAUAGCUAGAAGCUGUUUGGUUGGAAUGGGCAACUUCAUAUCCUCCUGUAUAUGAAUUAAGACAUACAGUAUAAAGUGAAUAAAGGAAAUAGUGGUUAUUUACUGUAAAAUCUAAAUUAUAGCAUUUUCUAUUUGGCUAUGUAUGAGGAAUAGAUGGCUUUUGUAAUAACUUGACUCUCCCAUUUUUCCCCGCAAAAUUCUACACACAAU